UUAUAGGCCAACAUCUGCAGGAGGGCCGACCUGUUGAGCAGCCCUGUAAUAGCCUCCUGCUGAAUAACAGGAAGAUAUUGAUGAUAGCAAGGUGGGAUCCAAGAAGUCACACCACUUGCUGUUUUUCACCACAAUGGUCUGACCUGACUCAGGAUAAAGCAGCUCUAUAUAUUUCUUAACUGUAGCCUUGCCUCAAGACCUGGGGCUAUUUCGUUUAGAAAAAAAGACGACUACAUCCUCUUCGUAGGGAACUUCAUAAUCUUCUCUUGUAAUGUAAAAUAUCCUGAUUCCUCUGCAUGCCGACAUCUGGGGACCAAGCUAGAAAUUUGGAAUCCCCUGUAGUAGGAGACAGGAGACUGCAGAAUACUGCUUAAAGCAGGAGAGGUGGAAUCUGUAGUAGGCAUCGUCUUCGGGAGAACUCCUUGGUAUGAAAAUUCAAGAGCAAAGUCAGGAAUAAAAAUGGACCCAGCACGACCCAAACCAAGGAAGAGGUCAGGAACACGAGAAAGAGUUAUCGAAAUUGGGGCAAUUAGGGAGUUUCUUACUAUGGCUAGACCACAACAAACGAAGCAAGAGUCAGAGGAAGGUCUGCAAAAGCAAUGCAGGCCCUUUGUUCAGGAUAAAGCAAUUCCACAGCUGCCAGAGUCCUCUUCAGGAGAGCAGACUGAGGAAUCUGUGGCCCCUUCUGGAGCAACAGCCAAUGACAAGAUGGGGCCUAGAGGAGAGUGUGGGGCUCAAACCCCACCAGGCCUCAGUGUUGAAGUCUGUGGAAGCUUGGAGUCUUCUGUGAAAGUGAAGGAUGGGAUUCUGGGUGAGGAUCCUAUCACCUUGGUGAUGCAACACCAGCAUUUCAGACAAUCCCAGCGCUGGAAGGCCAAGGAACCUGGAGAGAUUCCAGAGCAUUCAGAAGAUACUGCAGUUCAUUCCUCCAAGUCACAGCAGGACCCAUCAGACCCAGGCUUGACAGAUCUCUCCAUGGAGGCCAAGCAGGAAGGUGAUGGAGAAGCCGACUUCCUGGGUGAUGAGCAAGUAAGGACAAAAGAGGAGAAGAAACUUCAACUGGAAAGACCCAGGCCAGUAGAACUCAAUGAGACAUUAUUUAGAAAAGCCAAAGGUAACGUCUUCUUACUUCAUUAUGAGGAAGAAGUGCCUGGAAAUCAUCCAGGGCAAAAAGACUAUGCAGAUAAAACAACAAAAGCAGCUUUUCUUUGUGAGGAGGGAGACACAGAUUUACAUGAAGAUACUUUGCAAGGAGAAACCUGCAGUCAUAAGGGAAAGCAGGCAGGCACUGACUGUGGAGAAAGCCUCCGUCUGAGCUUUGACCUGCCUAGGAACCAGAAAAUGCAAACGGGAGGAAAAGGCCAUCAGUGCUCGUAUUGUGGGAAGACCUCCAAUUGCAGAGCACACCUGAUUAAACAUGAGAGAAUCCACACUGGGGAGAGACCCUACAGCUGUUCAGUCUGUGGCAAAAGCUUCAAUCGGAAAGAAUCCCUCAUUAUUCACGAGCGAAUACACACUGGUGAGAAACCAUACAAGUGUUCCGACUGUGACAAAAGCUUCAGUAAGAAAGCUGCCCUUAGUAUACAUGGGAGAACCCACACAGGAGAGAAACCCUAUGCAUGCUCUGAGUGCUGGAAAAGCUUUAGCACCAGCUCGCAUCUCAUAAGACACAUCCGAGUGCACACAGGGGAGAAGCCAUAUAAAUGUCCAUACUGUGAGAACAGCUUUGGUCAGAGGUCAGAUCUUCUCAUACAUGAGGGGACUCACACAGGCAAGAAGCCGUAUAAAUGCUCCGAGUGCGAGAAAUGCUUCAUUUCCCGAUCCAACCUGACUCAUCAUAAGAAAGUACACACAGGAGAGAAGCCGUAUCAGUGCUCAGAGUGUGGGAAAAGCUUCAGUAAGAGCUCAAAUCUUAUAGAGCAUAAAAACAUCCACACAGGAGAGAAACCAUACAAAUGCUCUGAGUGUGAGAAAAGCUUCAUUUCCUUGUCCAACCUUAUCCACCAUAAAAGGACACACACGGGAGAGAAACCAUACCAGUGCUCAGACUGUGGGAAAAGCUUUGGCACCAGAUCCAAGCUUGUGGAACAUAAAAAUAUACACACAGGAGAGAAACCAUAUAAUUGCUCUAGCUGCGAGAAAAGUUUCAUUUCUAGCUCUAAUCUGAUCAAUCAUAAAAAGGUACACACAGGAGAAAGACCAUAUCAGUGUGUUGACUGUGGGAAAAGCUUCAGCCGGAGGUCCAAGCUGUUACAACACAAAAGAAUGCACACGGGAGAGAAACCCUAUCAGUGCUCAGAUUGUGGGGAAAACUUCUGUCAGAAAUCAGUGCUCAUGAAACACAAGGAGACUCACGCAGUGUCUGAAACUGUGUAACUGUUUUUACCUGUGAAGUUUUCAGUCCUACUGUAAUCUGUCUUUCUACCAGGCGAAUUUUGGAUCAACAGCAAAGUAGACUCAGAGGCAAGUUUUUCAAUAUUCCGAUGUUGGUAAACAAUGAUCAUUAGGUGUGUGAAAGAAAAAAUAUAUCAUUUUUGUUUGAAUUUUGUAAAUUUUAAUUUGCCUUUUGUUAUUAAUGUUUGUUCUGUUAAAAAAAUUAAACUAUUUUCCUUGCUUGUUA